CGGGCGCCUGCCCCGGCUGCUGACUGUGCAGCUGGAAUGGGAACUAUUUGAUGUGUCACGGGACACUUUGGGGACUGCGCUCGGCUGGAGCUCUGUUUACCCCCCUAAAGCCUGUGGCGUCAGUGCGCUGGAAUGCCAGACCCUCGCCAGCACUGACGGAAAACCAUUACGCGAAAUAAGGCAAACUGUCCGUGCCCAUCGCUUCCUUCAACUCUAUCCGGGUCUUGACCGCCGAGCGGGCGAGAUCCGUCGCUAUGGAAACCGACGCAAGCGGCGCCCCCGUGUCGAUCACGCCGGUAACAUGGACGUGCUUGUGCAGGGAAACUCCGAGGAGCAGGAGGAGAGACUGUAUUCCUCAGAACUUCGGGAUAUCGAGAGGUACUCAUUGGGAAAUCAACUGAGAUACGGUUACUUUGGAAGAGACGCCUCCACACAGACCGAUGUCAUUGAACUGCCAAGAGUGAAGGAGCUGUCAGAAGUCACCUGUACUUUACUCGAGGAUAUGAAGGCUGUGAAGAGUGACCUUGAGUAUAAACAUAAGUUUUUGCAGACAGAUUAUGAAGAAAAACUACAACAACAUUCACUGUUUCUGUAUAUGAGAAUAAAUGAAAAGGUUUUAGAUUUAGAACGUCAACACAAAGAGAAAGUUGCAGUUCUCCGAAAAAGUUUUCAGCAGCAACUGUGUGAUGGGCUCGCUGUCCUUAGAGCCAGCUACAAGAAAUAUUAUUCAAGGAAGGAGGAAAAAGAUCAGUCUUCUGGAUCGACGAAGGCAGGCAGAUUGCACGAACUCAUCAAUGAAGUCCAGGAGAAAAAUGCUAUGAUUGACUAUCUAAGUGCACAGCUGAAGGAAUAUGAAGAACAGGCCUUUGAAGAGACCAGCCUGCAGCCAUACGAGGAUCCUGAGAAAGAGCUGCUCGCACAUGAGAAUGAAAAGUUAAAAGAUGAGAUUGACACCCUGCAUGUCGAUAUUGAGAGGCUCAGCGACUGCCUGGACUGCAAAGACAAGCAGCUGGAGCACCUUGGCCUCAGUCUUCAAACAAUGAAAGAAAAGGCAGAAAAUGAUCAGAUCACCAUAAAUAAGUUAGUUGCUGAGAAUGAGAAUUUGAAAAGAGACCUACAUGUAGAAAAAGAUGCAGGCAGAAGUAAGUUAAAGAAACUGAAAGAGGAAAUGGAAAAAGAAAUACAAAGUAUGCAGACCUCAAGCAAGAAAACGCAAGAAGAAAAUGCUAUAAGAUUGGCAAAAAUAGAACAAGAAAAGCAACUUAUGUGGGAACAGGAAGAGAUUUUAAGAAAGCCUGCUCAGCCAAAAAUGGUAAAAAAUGGUGAACAGGAGCUACUGGGACAGCUUGAAGGAGUACAGAGGAUUGAAAAGCAGCAGAGAAAACAAAUUGAAAGCUUGAGAAAACAACUCGAUCGGACAAUCCGAAUGUGGGAGAAGAAGUUUGACAUUCUAAAGCAAAGUUUCCAUGCCAUAAAGGACGAGAUGUUCUUGCGCCAGAUGCUGCAAAGGCAGGCUGCCACGCUCCACCACGCCUCCGUUAGUUAUACGUAUCUGGGCUGUAGAAUCCUAUCUUGUGCCCCGUACCUCUGCUGUAUGAAGGAGCACCUGAUAUUGGUUCUGGACCUUCCCUCCAAACUAAGGCAGCCAUUGAUGAUGAUGCUCUCAAUGCAGCAGGAUCAGAUGUUUCCCCAUCCAAAGAAUCCCAAAUACUGUCUGAAGAUGAGGAAGAAGAGGAGAUAAGUUCUGCUCUUCCUCUUCCGUGUCCACCAUCCAGUUGCAGACAGUCUCCGUCUUCUCCAAAUGUUCCGUAGAAGAGUGCACCAGAGUAAAGAGAUAUUGCAAGAGAAAGUAUUAAACGAGCUCAAAGAGUCCCAUGA